GACUUGACGGACUUGACGUAUGUUUAGGGAAGGCAGUUCAGGUCUUUUUUACGUUUAUGUUACAUAGUUCACAUUUUGAAGUUCUAAGGGUGCUGUAAAAAAGUGGGUCUGUCCUUCCGAUAUUAUAAUGAGUGAGCUAAGCCAAGAAGAGAUUCGGCGCCGAAGGCUUGCAAGAUUAGCAGCCUUGGAUAUUAGUGCCAGUUCUUCACCUGGUCAGUUAGCUCCUCCAUCUCCAAAUGCUGGGGUGCCAAAUUCUCCUUCAGCACCAGGUCCAUCACAGCUUAACAUCGAAAUUGCAAUGCCACCCCCAUUGGGCACCCAGAAAAGUGAUUCACAAAGCACAGACACCUCAUCACAGAUGGAAGUAGAUGAUUCACAAUGUGAGAAAAGUUCAGUAUCACAGGUUGAUGUGGAUUCUGGUAUAGAAAACAUGGAAGUUGAGGAAACUGAUCGCAAAGAAGCUGGCGACAGACACAGGACCUCUAGCUCGUGUACUGAGGUGAGUGAAGAGCAAGUACAUGCUGCAGUGUCUCGAGUUUUGUGCGUCACGUGGAAGGAACAGAAUGAGUCAGCCAUAUUUCUUCCAGAGACUGCGUCAGCUCUGAAUGACCUGAUGCAAGAAGGAAAUGCAGCUAUUGAUAUUCAGGAUCUGAUAAGUCAGACAUUAAUGGAAGUGCUGUCACAGUUGGGAAGGGGUGAGAACCCUCUCCAAGAUCUGGCUCCUUGUGCUGCAUGUAAUCAGACCACUCCCGACAACUUGGACAGUCCAGGAGUCAGCUCGUCAAGCCCAGCACCUCUCAGUCCAUUGUUGUCUCCUGUGGCGACUUUACCGCACCAUCCCAUGAGUGUUGUGCCUCUAUCAUCUGAUUCUCAGCAGGACAUCCAUACUCGAAGCCUCAUGUACCUCAUGGAUUGUUAUGCUAGAGUGGCAAUGGAAGAGAGGAAUCACCCAAAGAGAAGCAGUAUACCUCCACUGAGUGAUGUGCUGGCUGAGAUACGAGCACAGUGUGUGCAGUAUGCAUCACUGUCAUUGCAAGGGGUCCUUAUUGACGAGGAACUUCCACGCACAUCUCCACUGUUGGGUCCUGUGCUUAAUCAGAGUUUGCCUCGUGGUUUUCUUCCUGAGCUUGUAGCACGCACACAUGCCAAUCACGAGUUAUUUAAUAAGGUAUUUAGUCCAGUGUUACAAGGACUCUUCCUGACUAUGCAGACAUCCUCAAUUGUUGGAAAUGGACAUCGACAGCCUAUCCAGGCACUUAGUGAUCUGGUAGAAAUACGAUGUGGUCCAUCAGGCAAUGUCAGACCUAUCUGCCGACUCCUGACUCAUCAAUCAAAUUUCCUACCAGAUGUGGUUACACAGGCAGUUGGAAGGGAGCUUGCCAAGACGUCGUUCCUGGGCCCAUUUCUUUCUGUAUCAGUAUUUGCAGAAGAUGAAGCGAAAGUUGCUGACAAAUUCUUCUCUGGGAAUCCAGUAGCUGACAAGUCCUUGAACCAGACUCUUCAACAGGAACUAGAAAAUACUCGAAUUCUCCUCCACAAGGUAUUCCAUGACAUACUCGUAUGUAACAGUGCGCGUGAAGCAACACUGUCAUAUCUGGCAGCCCUGUUGCGUAACAAUGAGAAGCGAGCACAGAUUCAGGUGGACGAGCGGUCAUUAGCAGGAGAUGGCUUCAUGCUGAAUGUUCUAUCUAUUAUGCAAUUUUUGGCUGUGAAGGUUAAGUUAGAUAAAGUGGAUGUGUUCUACCCCUUCCAUCCGUCUAGUUUGGUUGAUAUAAAGAAUGAUACAAGGCUGAAAUUUACAUCACAGGAAGCAGCGGCAUGGCUUGAUGAUCUCAAUCGUUCCCUGAUACACAAAUGGAAAGAACCGAAAUUUCCGACACACUGCUGGUUUCUCACACUUCAUUGUCAUCAUCUAGCACUUCUGCCGGCUUGUCACAAAUAUCAGCGCCGCCUCCGUGCUCUGAGGGAUCUACAGAAAUUAGUUGAUGAAAUGCAGGCCACAGAAGCACAGUGGAAAGAAAUGCAUUUUGCUGCACGCAACAAAGAACUUUUAAAGCAGUGGAAGCAACAGAUCAAGAAGCUUAAUCGGAGUAAAGCAUGUGCAGACACUGGGCUUUUGAAUGAGGCAUUACUUCGACGAUCAUUGCAGUUCUAUACAUCUGUUGCUGAGUUCCUUUUAGGACUGUUGGUUCAGCUGCCCCCUGGUGUCACACCACCUUCCUUACCUCUUCCUUCUGAUGCUCCUGCCAUCUUCUCAGCAUUGCCUGAAUGGUAUGUCGAGGAUAUUGCAGAAUUCCUGCUCUUUGUUCUCCAGUUCACUCCUGGGGUAGUGGCUGAUUGUACGGAAGACUCUCUCAUCACAUGGCUUUUAGUUGUCGUGUGUUCUCCCCAGUGUAUCAAGAAUCCCUAUAUGGUGGCAAAGAUCAUUGAGGUUUUGUUUGUGAUUAACCCAGGGAUACAGUCUCGUACUGAGCAGCUUCAUGCUCGUGUGAUGGCACAUCCUAUCUCUGAGAUGCAUCUUCCAUCAUGCCUCAUGAAGUUCUACACAGAUGUGGAAACUACAGGUUCAAGUUCUGAAUUUUAUGACAAAUUCACGAUACGCUACCACAUAAGUCUGAUCCUGAAGGGCAUGUGGGAGAGUCCAGUUCAUCGUCAAGCCAUUGUCAAUGAAUCAAGAUCUGGCAAGCAGUUUGUGAAGUUUGUUAAUAUGUUGAUGAAUGACACAACUUUCCUCCUGGAUGAAAGUUUGGAGUCACUUAAGAGAAUCCAUGAAGUCCAGGAGCUGAUGGCUGAUAUAGAGACUUGGAAUCAGACACCUGCAGAUCAGCAGCAAGCUCGGCAGCGACAACUGACAGGUGAUGAACGUCAAUGCAGGUCGUACCUGACGUUGGCAAAGGAGACAGUGGAUAUGUUCCAUUACCUCACCGUCGAUAUCAAGGAACCGUUCCUUCGACCAGAGUUAGUGGAUCGCCUGUCUGCUAUGCUGAAUUUUAACCUGCAGCAACUUUGUGGACCAAAGUGUAAGAACCUCAAGGUGCGCAUGCCAGAGAAAUAUGGGUGGGAGCCACGGCGCCUCCUGAGCCAGUUGGCUGACAUUUACCUUCACUUGGACUGCAAAGGAUUUGCGGCAGCUCUAGCAGGAGAUGAGCGUUCCUUUAAGAAGGAACUGUUUGAAGAUGCUGCAAACCGCAUGGAGCGGGCUCAGAUUAAAACUCCAUCUGAGAUUGAGCAGUUCCGAAGCCUUGCAGAGAAAGCCAAUGAGAUUGCAAUCCAGAAUAUCAAGAGGGAGGUGGACUACAGCGAUGCUCCAGAUGAGUUUAGAGAUCCACUGAUGGACACCCUGAUGGAGGAUCCUGUGACACUACCAUCUGGCAAGGUAAUGGAUCGACCCGUCAUUAUGCGACACUUGCUCAACUCAUCUACUGACCCUUUCAGCAGGCAGCCAUUAUCAGAAGAUAUGUUGCAGCCUGCUGUAGAAUUAAGGGAGAGAAUUUUGGUAUGGAAACGUGAGAAGAAAAAAGCAGCAUCUUCACUGUGAAGAGUCACCUUUGCCCACAUACAUGGGUCCAGGUGCAAGUGUGGUGUGAACGUGAUGGUCAUGCAAUGAUCUCUGCUGUAACUCAAUAUGUG